UCCCGCGGCGGCCGGGGCGGUGACCGGCGCGGGCGGGUGGCGAGUAGGCCAUGCGGACGGCUGGCGACCCGGGAUCCCACGGCCCCGCGCUCGUCCCUCGCGCCGCGCUAGCCCGGAGCCCGCGUGCCUAGCGGCGGCCUUUGUCCCCUGGGUCGCCGCCUGCCGCGCUCCGGCCGGCGCGGAUGCAGCUGCUCCGCCUGGGCUCGCGCUCGGGGCUGGAGGAGGAGGAGGAGGAGGAGCGGCGGGCGCCGGGCGGCAUGCGAUGGGGAACUGCUGCUGGACGCAGUGCUUCGGGCUGCUCCGCCGGGAAGCGGGUCGGCUGCAGCGAGCCGGCGGAGGAUCAAAGUAUUUUAGAACAUGCCCAAGAGGAGAACACUUGACCAUAGAGUUUGAGAAUCUAGUAGAGAGUGAUGAAGGGGAGAGCCCAGGAAGCAGCCAUAGGCCGCUUACUGAGGAAGAAAUUGUUGACCUACAAGAGAGGCAUUAUGAUUCAAUUGCUGAAAAACAGAAAGAUGUGGAUAGGAAAAUCCAGAGGGAGUUAGCCUUACAAGAGGAGAAGUUAAGACUAGAAGAAGAAGCUUUAUACGCUGCCCAGCGUGAAGCAGCCAGGGCAGCAAGGCAGCGAAAGCUCCUGGAGCAAGAAAAGCAGAGAGCUGCACAGCGCUAUCAUGCCGGCAGUGGAGACUAUCAAAGUGCAGGGCCAGAAGACGACUUUGAAUCUUGUUUGAGAAACAUAAAGUCACAGUACGAAGUUUUCCGAAGUAGUAGACUCUCGUCUGACGCCACAGUGUUGACACCAAAUACUGAAAGCAGCUGUGACUUAAUGACCAAAACCAAGUCAACGAGCGGGAAUGACGACAGCACCUCCUUGGACCUGGAGUGGGAGGAUGAAGAAGGAAUGAAUAGGAUGCUGCCAAUGAGAGAGCGCUCCAAGACAGAAGAGGACAUCCUCCGGGCAGCACUGAGGUACAGCAGCACGAAGGGCAGCCACCCCACGUCCGCCUCGGAUGAUUCCAACGGGCUGGAGUGGGAGAACGACUUCGUCAGUGCUGAGACGGACGAUAACGGCAAUUCUGAGUACUCUGGGUUUGUGAAUCCUGUGUUAGAACUGUCAGAUUCCGCCAUCAAGCAGUCUGACGCGGAUCAACAGAUCCGGUAGGAUGAAGUUGUGUGACCUCGUUUACCAAAUGUUAAAAAUUAACUAGAAUGUAGAGAUGGAUGCUGAGCCUCUUUGUAAGGCAGCAUAGGAACCACGUGACAAGUGCUUGUUUUCUUAGGAGUGGAGAGACAGCUGAGCAUUGGCAGUGAGUCUCAGUGUCUGCCUUCUCUGUCCCAGGACUGACGCGGUGAUCUGACCUAUCAAACACUCAUGGCGUUCUUGUUCACCCUGGUCAAGUUCUGCAUCUUAAACUGUACUGUUUUACUUUGCUUUACUAAGCCUAUUUUAUUAUAGAAAUGAAAAUCUGAAAGUAUUUUUUGUUAAUUCUCAGCAGAUGUAAAGGCAGCCUGAGGAGGGAUGGUUGGAUUCAUUUGGAAGGCUGGUCCCUUUUCCAGCAGCAUUUCCGUUGAUGAUUUCCUUUAGCAUGCUGAUGUGUGGGUUUCUUUGCACACCUGUCACAUACACAUAUCCUAAUGCAAUGUUCACUCAAUCUGAAUAAAAGGCAAUAGGAUUAAAGACGCUUCCAGAGUUUGGGCACUUGGAGUUGGUAAAAAUUCAAAAAUAAUACUUAACAAUGUAAAUUUAAAUUUUUUACUUCCUUUUACAUGCCACUAUGUUGACUUUAAAUUGAGAUCUUAAGUUUUUACUUUUCACUUUUUAAAUUCUAUAUUUCCAGUGAAUGAUCUUUGAAAGAUUUUACACAGAAUGUAUUCUGUGAAUGAUUUAAGAAAACAUUAAAAUACGGGUAUUUCAAAGUAAAUAAAAUCCUUUCUGCUAUGAAAGGUUCAUUGAUUGUAUUGCCCUUUACUUUGCCUUGUAGUACAAGGUGCUUUGUGGGAAGGAACUAAUGUGUCGGUAUAUUGACGACCUGUGUGAAUCCACGUAAGGGACCAGGGCUGUGAAAUGCUCCCGAACUGCAGUCCUUGGUUGGGCUGAGGACUGAGUCACUUUGGCAAGCACACUGUAUUCUGUCUCCCUCUGUUUCCUUCUCUUCGGCAGUGAUGGUGCAUGCUCUCAACAGAACAGGAAGGUCCAGGUAGAGGUAGUUAAGUUCUCGCUGUACGUGAAAAAUGAUGUGGCCCUUUCAAUAUUUGAACUGCUGUACGAUGACAUCCGUGGUUUUGUCAUUUUUAAUCUCAUAGAAAUAAAUAUACUUUGAUAUGUAAAUAUACAUUAGGUUAUGCUAUUAUUUAUAUCUGUCUUAAAAUUUAAAUUGUAGCUGUGCCAUGAAAUAAUUUAAAAGUACUCUAUAUUCACAUUGCCUGUGUUAAUGCUUUUUAAGGUUUAUAUUACAUCAGAUGUAUAUUUUGGGUUUGGCAUAAGCUAUUGUUGUAAUUUUUGGCUUUUUGUUCAUAAAGAAUUUUCUGAAGGAAUGGUAACUUCUCAAGGAUUGUGAAUAAACAUUUUUACAUUUAAUGAUA